AUGCUCGGCCUGUCCAUUUCCGCCCUGGGUAUCCUUUUCCCACUUCUGCUCAUCCUCCAAGUGCUGGCUAGCUAUGUGCGCAAUCCACUGCGAAAGGUCCCCGCUGCCCAUCCGCUGGCGCAUAUCACUUCACUCUGGAUGCACUCAGUCCGAUGGCGGGGUAUCGAGAAUGCGACACUGAAGGCAGCGCAUGACCGCUUAGGCCCAAUUGUGUGUUUGGGACCCAGCGAGAUCAGCGUGAACUGCGUCAAAGGAGGGAUCCGAGACGUCUAUGCCGGGGGAUUUGAGAAAAGCAGUGCCAAGGAUGGGUACAAUUGGUAUGCUUUCUUUUCGAAUUAUGGAGGAGUCGACAACAUGUUCUCCACUGGACGCAAUAAGCCGCAUUCCCAGAGGAAGCGAAUGCUGAGCAACAUCUAUAGCAAGUCUCAUGUCACGGCAAGCGAGGCACUGCUCGGCCAGACGUCUGCCAUUAUGUACAAGCGCUUUUUGCCGUAUCUGGAGACGACAUUCACCGAGUCUGAGAAGGGUGUCCUGAACGUCUACGCACUACUCAGCGCGACCACGAUGGACAUUGUGACGUGCUUCAUCUUCGGGCUCAAGGCAGGCUCGAACCUAAUCGAUGACCGAAAGCAGCUUGCGUGGUUUCUUGAUUUGUACAACUCGCGUCGAUCCUACAACUUCUGGCCGCAGGAGUUCCCACGAUUUACUAGCUUUGUGGAGAAGUGGCUUGGCUACCGAUUGACACCGAAGUGGGUCGAUGAGGCGAACGGUGAGAUCGAGAGGUGGACGGUGAGGAUGUGCGACGAUGCUAGUGCUGUCUCGAGCGCAGGCGAUGCACAGAUCGAGGAGCGACCUGUGGUGUGGCAGCAGCUCCAAAACACCAUGGCAAAAGCCGCGAAGGAGGGUGGGGAGAGCGCACUACAGACUCAAAUUGCGAGCGAGGUGCUGGACCAUCUUGCGGCCGGGUUCGAUACGUCCGGGAUAACACUGGCCUACGUCGUCCACGAGGUCUCGCGACAUCCGGGAAUCCAGGCCCGUCUUCGCGCUGAGCUGCUUGGUCUCUCGCCGCAGCUUAUCCCGUCAUCAGCGCCGACACUGCCUGAUGCUAAGGCUGUAGACAGCCUACCAUUCCUCCAUGCCGUCAUAUGGGAGACCUUGCGUCUUCAUUCGGCCAUUCCGGGCCCACAGCCACGCUUCACGCCGCCGCAAGGCUGUCAACUUGGACCUGAAGAGGCUUCGUACCACAUUCCUAGUGGAGUAAGGGUGAGCGCAAGCGCGGGCCUAUUGCACCUCAACGAGGAAGUGUUCGAGCGUGCAAACGAGUGGAGGCCAGAGCGAUGGCUGGACCUGGACAGGCUAGACGAGGAGAAGCGGAGGGAUAUGGAGAGCCGGUGGUUUUGGGCCUUUGGAAGUGGCGGACGCAUGUGCGUUGGAAGUCACUUGGCGAUAUAUCAGAUGAAGUACAUCGUCGCAACGCUGUAUUCCAACUACAGCACCACGAUCGUCGACGAUACAGGCAUCGAGCAGAUGGAUUCGUAUACUGCGCCGCCCAAGAGUGACAAGCUCAUGGUAAGACUUGCAAAGGUAGAGUAG